AUGCAUUGGGUUCUUCCAAUCCUUCAGGACCGUAGGAGCAUUGGCGAGUACCAUCGACUGGUGCAGGAGUUGCGUCUGGACGAUCAUCUGUUCCAGGGUUAUUUCAGGCUCACCAAGGAGCAUUUUGAUAAUCUGCUCUCCCGGGUCGGGCCACGGAUCGCCAAGCGAGAUACUCAGAUGCGCACAUCUAUAGGGCCAGCUGAGCGUCUGGCUAUUUGUCUUCGACAACUCAUUCAAAGUGCCACCACUGUGGCCAACAUAGUUGGAGAGGUAUGUCAGGCCAUAUGGGACUGCCUGGUGGAUGAGUUCAUGCCCGUACCAACCAAGGAGGACUGGAGUGCCAUCGCUGAUGACUUCUUCCACAAGUGGAAUUUCCCAAACUGCUUGGGUUCCAUCGACGGGAAGCAUGUUGUCAUUCAGGCCCCCUCCAACUCAGGUUCUCUGUACUUCAACUACAAGCACACAUUUUCCAUUGUGUUGCUUGCUGUAGUGGAUGCAGAUUAUUUGUUCCGGGUGGUGGAUGUGGGUAGCUAUGGCCGGAACAGCGACGGUGGGACCCUGAACAACUCCCCAUUUGGUGAGGCCCUGAAGGAUGGCACCUUGGACUUGCCAGAGGACCGCGUUAUCGCUGGAGCUGAACACCGCGGCCGCCUACCACAUGUUUUUGUGGGGGAUGAGGCCUUUCCUCUUCGUAUGAACCUGCUGCGACCCUUCCCCGGCUCAAACCUCACGGUUGACAAGAGGGCAUUCAACUACCGUCUCAGCCGUGCCAGGCUAACAGUGGAGUGCGCCUUUGGUAUCCUCUCCAGACAGUGGAGGAUGUACAGGCAGGUCAUUGCUGUCAACCCAGCAAAGGCAGAAGCAUGUGUGAAGGCCACCUGUAUCCUUCAUAACUUCAUCCGGCUAACAAGAUCAGGGAGGAGGAACACAAGAAGGCCUGCCUGUUCAUCUGAGCAGGACGGAGGAUCAGCAGCACUCCAGGAUACACCUCGAGUCGGCAGUAACAACGCCUGCAGAGCUACCUUCCGAGUCAGGGACACAUUCUCUGAAUAUUUCAAUGCAGAGGGUUCUGUUUACUGGCAACCACAACCACAGCCAUAG